UGUGAUUCUUCCCUCGAUCGUACGCCCCUGACUUUACCCACAGUGGGGGCAGAAGAAGCGGAGGCAGAGGGUGUCGGUCGUCAGGUCGGCGCAGCGGCGAACAGUGGCGAGCGGACUCGUACACCAGCUACGGGUCGAGUCGAGCUGGCGAAAGCGUCGCAAACGCGUUCGUGUGUUGUCGAGGAGUUCGCGGGGCGAGCAUUGCAAACUCGAGAUUUGCAAAAGGACACAUACAAGAGAAGCAUCUUCACCAGAACAUUCUGGUUCGUGGAGUCAUCUCAGGGAACGUGGCCAUCGUGUUAAUAAAAAAAAAAAAAAUUUUGCAAAGAAACUGGUUUGCACAAAAACUCCAAGUGACAAAAGACUCCUUUGUGAUCAUGGAAGGUCAUCCCUGUUUGUCGUGGGGUGACUAGCAUCGUUUCCUGGCGAAGCGCCGGUUCGAUAGCGAUUGACGGUACUUUGGAGGGCACCUCGCGAGAGCGGAGAUCCGGAGGGACGGAUGCCAACUAUUGAGCGGAGAUGCACGUGUGUCGCGGCGCUCGUCGGGGGUAGGACGAGCCGUCUCGCUCCGAAAAACAAGCGUGACAUGUCAACCUUGAUGUCAACUUUGUUGGACUUAGAAGGAGUGACACGGGCAAUCGAAUCGACGGGAACGAGAAUCUCUCGUCUAACAUCAUCGCAAUUUCCUGUCUCGCGAUUUACGUGCCUCUCAUCGUCGCGUGGACGCUAGACUCCAUUCCUGCGAGUUUCGUAGUCGUCUUCCCGCGGUUGUUAAAUCUGAACCAGAUAGUAUCGGUUCGAUGCGUCGGCGUCGCGACGUCGAUGACGUCUGAAGAAACUUGGAAUCGCUCUAUAGUGGUAUCAUUAUCUAGUCGAUCUAGAUAUGACGACACCGAAUGCACUCCUAGUUGCAAGAUCUCGCGAUUGCUCCCGGAGAAGCUGUAAACUACCGCGAUCGUCGACGACGUUCCACCGACGAGCUGCCGACGACCCUGAAUGCGUUCCAAAAUGUAAUUCUUUUCCGCGAAGUCUUCGAAUUGCGACAAUCGUCGACGGUUUUUCGUCAAGCCGAUGACGAGUUCUAUACGGAACGAAGCUCACGCGCUGAUUCCGUAGAGUUCCAAUCGUCGUCGAGAUGUUACCGCCGAGCAUAAUCGACGUGCAGGGCGCGAUACCGCGCGAUAUCACGAUAAACAGUCGCGGUCUACUGUCGGAGACGAUGUGCGGCACCGAGCUGCGCUCCACCGAGGUGGCGGCGACCUGCCACGUCGCAAGAUACCGCGAGGAGUUCGACGAGACCAUCCGCACCGUCUCGGAGCCGGAAUGUUCGAAGCGGAAGAUCGAUUCCGCCGGGACUGGCAGCACCAGGUCGGUACCGGACGGCCGAUCGCGUCAAUUUGGCUUUUCCAAGGGCUCCGCCUCUCUGCAGAGCCUGGUGCGUCGAAGGAGCCGCAGGCACGGCACGUCCUUACCCUCGGAGGUCGAGCUGUCUUCGAGGCAGGUCAUCUACCCUGCCGUCCCCUCGGAUCUCCUCAAGGACAUCGGCGGCGGCACGGCGAUGUUCCGGAACGAGGAGGAGGCACGGACCGCGACACCGACCUCCACGCUCAUUUACGCGACUUCCUCGGCGCAACCGUCGACCUCGAGGACCGACAACAAUCUGGCCCAGGACGUCUCCACGUCGGCCAGCAACGUGGCCACCACCACGGGUAGCAACAUCACCUCGACGACGAACGGCGGCCGUUUCGGCAACGUGCCGGUCUCGUUGGCGAGAACGACUAGCGUCGCUAAGGCACCAGGCCCCUCUAUGCCCUCCUCCUGGAACAACUCCGCCGAGCAGGAAAGCGACUACGUUGUCGAUCCUGUGCAGGGGAACGCCUACUACAAAGGACAGUUUUUGGGAAAGGGUGGAUUUGCGAGGGUUUACCUAAUGACCGAUGUCAGUAAUGGGAAUCAGUACGCGUGUAAGAUUAUUCCGAAGAAUCGAAUGCAGAGGAUUCACAUGCAGAAAAUCGCGCGUGAGAUCAUGAUCCACAAAGAGUUGAAUCACGUAAACGUCGUCCAGAUGCAUCAUUACUUCGAGGACAAUCUCAACGUGUACAUGCUCCUAGAGGCCUGCCCACGAAAGAGCUUGAUGCACGUGUUGAAGUACCGUGGCAAAGUCACGGAACCGGAAGCACGUUACUACAUGAAGCAAAUGGUGACCGGCGUCGCGUACAUCCACUCGCAGAAAGUCGUGCACCGGGAUCUGAAGCCCGGCAAUAUGUUCCUAUCGGACCGGAUGAUCGUCAAGAUCGGCGACUUCGGAUUAGCGACCAGGCCUGACGGUCAGCGUAGACGAGUGACGAUAUGCGGCACGCCAAACUACAUCGCUCCGGAAGUGCUGUACAAGCAAGCGUACAGUUACGAGGCGGAUGUUUGGGCGCUGGGCUGCAUAUUGUAUGCCUUGCUGGUAGGGCAACCACCCUUUGAUACAGCCACGCUUAAGGAGACUUAUGCCAGGAUCUGCAACAACCAUUAUCGUGAGGUUGACGACAGUAUCGCGAGUAGAAGUGGCCAAGACUUGAUCAGAUGGUUGCUGCAAUCUAAUCCCGAGUUACGACCGAGUCUAGAGAGGGUGAAGGAACACGUCUAUUUAACCAAGGAAUACGUGCCAGCAUCUUUACCCCACACUUGCUGCUACCAAAUGCCACCGGCAUCAAUCAUCGAGCCACCCUCGUCACCAUCCUCGGUAUCUACGGUCGCUAGAAAUCCAGAAAUUAAGGCACAGCUAUGGCAGCAGAGUCUCGUUUAUCCUGACUCAUUGCGUUAUCAACAGACGAUUAAGAGUCUGCAAAAGGAGUCCAAGGUCUCUAGCUGGCUCGUCAGGAAGUUACCGAAACUACCGCGAUUUCGGCAACGGCUCAGCAGCGUGCUCUGUCCGGAUCACAAGAAAACCGGUCUUGUGGCGCAAAGCAUGCAGAUGCAUCGCGCACUAGAGGCGUGCGUGCCGGAAAUGAAGCGGAAUAACGCGUGCAAUCCACCUACUGUAGAAGACAUCGUGCCGCUCUUCGUCACCAAGUGGAUCGAUUAUUCGAACAAGUACGGGCUGGGCUUCCAACUCUCCGACAGAUCGGUUGGUGUUCUCUUCAACGACAACACGAAGAUCAGCUACACUCAUGAUAGAAGAAGAGUGGAAUAUAUGACCACCGACGACGAGAUGACGCGAUAUCAUCGAGAGAGGGACGUACCGGCACCGUUGCAAAAGAAGCUCGAAUUACUCCGUCAUUUUACCGAAUAUAUGGAUGACUUUUUGACAGAAGGUGGUGAGCUAAAAAAAUACCGCGCGCCGCCGAGGCAGUCGAAAAACGCUUGCGUGCCGCGAAUGAGACGAUGGCUACGUACGGACAAGGCCAUCGUGAUGGAGCUAACGGUACCACUCCUGCAAGUGAACUUCUUCGUGGACCACACGAAGAUGGUGGUGUCGCAGGAAUCCGCGGGAGGAAGGGGCUAUCUGAUCACUUACAUCGACACCGGCCGACACGCAUCCUCCUAUUGGCUGAACGACCUGCGUGACCUCGGCUGCACCCCGGACCUCUACGAGCGUCUGUACUACGUCUGCAAGGUGACGCGCGAGUUCGCCGAGUUGGACAAUAACACGACCGCCUGAUGCUCGCCGGCGGAUUCUCGAGGAACGCGCGCUGUGGUUUCCUUAAGAACCGCUCAGGCGACCGAAUUGGCAGCGAGAUCUCUCAGAUACCUGUUUUAGAUCUUACCCAAGCAACUUUUUCUUUUCCGUAAAGUGGCAUUUGAAUGCCAGUGAUAAAGUUCUUCAGCUACAAAAAGAUAAUUAUUAAUUACUACGGUCGAAUUUUUAUGAAUUUUAAUUACACGAUGAGAGAUACAAAAACAUCCGUUUUUGUACCUUUUUCUUUCUCAGGAUAAGGGUUAAGGAAAUAACGGCCAAGCAAGUACGUCAAGAUACCGUUACGCGCAGCAUUUCUCGGGGGUGGGAGGAGGCCGUAAAUAAGAAUGUCACGCGUAUAAGUCCGCGAGAAGGUGUGUCUUGUGAAAGACCGCGCGAUGCGAGUGCUUCCGUUGAUUUAUAAAUUUGCACAUUGUUUUCACAAAACCAGAAGAAAUCACCUGUAAGCACGUGGCUCAUUUCGGCAGAUCUUCUCUGAAGAAAUGUUAAUUUGCCCACGUAAGAAGACUAGUUAAAUCAGUAAGUAAUCGGUCAGACUGCCAUCGUCGCAAUAACGAUGUUUUGUGAGUCCAAGUAGGUAUAGCUCUAUCGUUCCUCUUAAAUCAAUAUUAUGUCGCGCGAAAGCAUUAAGUACUCUGUUAGCUUUUUGGAGUGGAGUCUCACUGUAAAAAGUGAAAAUUGAAUUUUGAAAAAAAGUGGCUCAAUUUUUUUAUCUUUAAGAGCGAGAUUUACUCUAAAAGUUUUAGAGAGUGAGAACAGAAUACACUUAAAAUCUUGAAAGAGAGCUAUCUAUGCACUAUUUUUACGCACAGCAGCAUUUUUACGCUGAUCCCUCGUUCUCGUGCGAAAAUCAUUCGACGGAAAUUAUCGAGUUUAAUGUGAUAUAAACGUCGUAACCAGUUAUGAAAUAUUUAUCCGGUGACACUUUUCAUUACACAAAAUGUAAGACGGUCACAACUAGGAGAGUGUCAACUGCAUUGCUACUACCUCCGUUAAACAGGUAGCUGUUAGUAUAUUUAUUUUUCACGGCGCAGAUCUCCCUAGUUCAGUGCCUAUAUAUCGAGUAAGUUUAUUGAUAUCCAGUAGAUUAGUUUCAUCGAGUAAAUCGAGUAUAUAUAGUUUUAUUACACAUUCGCGAUCACGUAGCGUGCAAAGUGUAGUAUCGUUCGAAGUAAGAAUUUUUCCAUGUAAAAAAGAGAGUUUUUUGCCGAAAGCACGCUGUUGUCGAAAUUCGAGCUCCACUUCGCGAUUCGUUAAGACACCGCGUUGCCUAACUAAAUUAUGUGUGGAAAGUUAAACAGAUUUUUUAAAAUGUUGAAUAUUUCAGGAGAAUAUUAGCUUAACACACAAACAAAUCU